AUGUUGAAAACGUCCAUUUUGAGAUCAACGGCAAGAAUUUCCUGGAAAAGAGCUCAGGGACCAGUCCUGGGAAUAUCGGGAUUGAGCGCCUCGAGGUUUAUUGCAGCUCGUUACAAUUCAUCGAAUGCUGGUAAACCUUCAAUCGAUGAGAUUCAGACUCAAUUGCCCUCUAUGGAUGAUCUGAAUUCUGCUGUGACUGGCAUUGCCGAGCAGGCACCUCAGGUCAUUGGUGAAGCAUCGAAUCAUAUUGGGUAUUUGCAAAGUAUUGGCCUGGCCCAAAGCUGGUGGUGGCCUCCAGAUCUAAUCCAACAUUUACUAGAAGCAGUACACGUUUACGCAGGAUUACCAUGGUGGGGCACUAUAUGUGCCGUUACAGUAGGAGUUCGUCUGUUGAUGUUCCCACUUUAUGUCAAAUCUUCUGAUACCAUUGCUCGUAACUCACGUAUAAAGCCUGAAUUGGACGCUAUCAAUUCUCAGUUAAUGUCAAGUUCAGAGCUAUCAGAAGGACAGAAAUAUGCUUUGAAGAGAAAGAAGUUGCUGAAUGAUAACGGUAUCAAAAACAGAUGGCUUGCUGCACCUAUGCUACAAGUUCCGGUCGCACUGGGUUUCUUCAGUGGUAUCAGAGCUAUGGCUAAUCAUCCCGUAGAUGGGUUUGUCAAUCAAGGUAUUGCUUGGUUCACCGACUUGUCACAGGCCGAUCCAUACCUUGGUUUACAAUUCAUCACUGCAGCUGUGUUAAUUUCGUUCACAAGAUUAGGUGGUGAGACGGGUGCACAACAGUUUUCUCCCGCAAUGAAGAGAUUUUUCACCAUAUUGCCAUUAGUAUCGAUCCCAGCGACAAUGAGUCUAUCGGCAGGUGUGGUUUUAUACUUCGCCAUCAACGGUACAUUUUCGGUUCUUCAAACUUUGACGCUAAGAAAUAAGUGGGUCAGGAGGAAGCUAAACAUUGCUGAUGUCGUACAUCACCCACAGGCAACAAAUGGUCCGCCAAAGGGUAUGCUAGAGACCUUUAGGGAAAAUAUGGCAAAGGCCAGGGAGCAAGCUGCAAGACGGCAGGCCAUGCAAGACAAGGAAGAAGCUCUGCAGGCUCAGUCAAAAGAGCUCAAGAAGAAUUCCAAAAUCAAGAUCCUUCAUAAAUCUGAUUUGACUAGGAAAGAAUAG